AAAAUUUAAUCUCUGCGGCAUCGUAGCCCCUCGCGUGAAAACCCCCUGGACUAGAGAGUCUAGACAUAUCUGCUGCUGGGAAACGUAAGUUUGGAAAUUUAUUUGUAGGUAUGUUCAUAUCUUUUAAUUUAUUAUCCUAUGGGCAAACUUACGAUAUAAAUUUGAUUUGAUUUUCUUUUAGAUCUGUUCAAGGCGAAGGCAUUCCUCUUCCAUAAUGUUUCGAUACCUCUCACUGUUCCUCCUCCAGUUUAUUCUACUUCUGGUAAGGUUUGAGGCUUUUAGUUAUCAAACACAACCGAACCAUGAUUUCCUUCGAUUCAUUGCUUUUUCAUUUUUUCAGGGAGUCUGUAAACAAUCUCCAUAGCUUGCUCAGAGUACAUAAUCAUUGCACAGGAAAAUUCUGUUACACCAUUUCUUCUUCAUAAUUUUAAGAACUUGAGUGUUUAGUGUGGGUAACGAGGUUUUGUAAACAGCAAUUCAUUCAGCCCUUCAGAUAAAGACAUCUGGUGUUUCAUGAAAAAUGUUCUUUGUUAAUCUUCUUCUUUUAAAUGCAAAGCAAACUACGGAAAAGGAGCAUCUAGAUUUAAAACUGAAUGAAUUGACGUUUGUAUGGGGACCAAUUCAGUCAGUUGUUAAUAUAACCAUCCAAAGGAUUUUUAUACCUUAAACAACUUAUUCGUGUGAGAAACAUGUUUUACGAGGCUCUCGCAAGAAAUGAUGACAAGUCUAUUAGAAGUUUUAAUAUUUCUUUAAGUUUCCUCGAGCUCCCAGUAUGGCUUUUAGUUUAGCGCUUUAGAUUUCCUAAAUAUCACUUUCUUGCUCCAGGGCGAUGGACUCGGUAAAUCUGCGGUGAAUACGCGGAUGAAACGCGGCUUAUCUUCCCACCACCAUCACUCGUCGAAGUUAUCAAUAAAAGACCUUGCUCUCGAGUUGGCAAAGAAGCACGUAAGUAGUUUGAAGUAAAUAAUUGUAUCUUCUAAAUGUAUGGUUACUACCGCCACUAAGAGAUUAUAAACUAAUCUCUUGUCGCCACUCAAGUCUGUUGCCACCAAAACAAACCACCAAUGAAAAAGGUUCUGCCGCAUAACGAAAAUUGCUUAUUUUUCUCUUACUUUACAAUUCUGGAUUUUUUAAAAUCUCUUUUGCUCGCACUGUGUCAUCAGCUUUAGGUCAGAUAGUAAACGCAAGUGUCACGACCAUUCGCUAGAAAAAUUCCCGUCAGCAAACUAAAGAAACGUGUUACUCGGGUUUAGCGCAUUACUGAGAUAGCUUUUUCUGUUUGUAGUUGCUCAAGAUGAUCCUUGAUGAACAACAUGAUUUAGAUAAAGCAAAAGAGAAUGUUUACAUCCUGGAAAGAGGUUUGUUAAAAAUGAUAACCACUUGGGUUUUAGAGACUAGGACUAAAUUGUUUCUAAUUUGUUUUAACACAGUUACGAAGAUUUACGGCAAAUUUUCCAGUUUCUUCUGCAGUUUUUGUCAAAUGGUAUGCAAAGAAUCCAAAAAACAAAUUAGAUUGGAAAUAUGAAAAAUAAUAAAAGUGUGAUUGAAAAGUACAAAAUAUAUUCCAGAAAUUUAUGGAAAGCAUAAACGAAAACAAAACCAUAUUUGCAAAAAAUCUCUGAAUUGCGAAAACUACUAAGAAAUUCGCAAAAGCGACGACGAAAAUCGAGAAAUUCAUCGUAGAGGGCAAAGAGAGACCCAAAAAAAUUCAUGAAAAUCGCGGAAGCUCGCAAAUGGAAAAUUAUGAAAAAAAAUAUACGCAAGAGUUGAAUGUUAGAAAAAUAAACGAAAAUUAAAGAAAUAGUGCUAGAUUGCAGAAACAGUAUAAAGUUGUCUAGACGAGUGUCUAAAUCAACAAAUGUGUGCUGAAGGGUUAAGGAAGGUUCCAACCAGCCAAAAUUAACGCAAAUUAUCACAAAUUUUACUUAGACGUGCCAAAAAAACGGUCUAGUUUGCCAAAAAUGCAUUAAAAAAAUAAUGUUACCUCUGUAAAAUCCAAGAACAGGCUCAGUUUAGGCGGUUGGCUUAAUACUCAAGAAGCGGAAGCUGUAAUUGACAUGGAACUGUAGAAAAUCGCAAAUGUCGCAAAAUGUGCAAAGAAAAAUAUUCAGUUAGAGAAAAAAACAACACUGAUUCUGCAUUACGAACUGACAUAAUUGUAAGUAAUCAGAAUGCUUUCCAAUCAAAUAUGUCCAUGAAAAGAAGGAAAAUCUGAUCAAAUAAUAAUCGACUUUAUCUUUGACUGAAACUUCUUCAGACAGGUGCACAAACAUCAAAUCUGUUGGAAAACCUAUCACUCACAACACUCGGUCCAACCUUUAUGGAGCUUGGAUGAAAGACCCACUAGGAAUCAUGGGUGCUGAGACCAUAUUUACCAUGGAACGUUAUUACGCAAAUGUCAUCCAAGCGUUUGAGAACAUGGAAAAGUUCAAGGCUGGUGUGGUUCACAAGACUUAUUCUCUGCCUUAUUACUUUGAUGGAACUGGAGCAGUAGUGUACGGACCAUACCUCUACUACAACAGGUGAGAUAUUUUAUGGUUUCCAGCUUUAUCUACUUACUAUUAAAAAAAGAGACUUCUGACUUGUUUUACAGAUAGAUAGAUUCAAAACACGUGUUUGAAAGAUAAAUUUUUGUUUUGUUUUUCACGAAAAUUGAAACAUUUAGCAGUAUGAGAAUUUAAGCAGAAAUUAGUCCGAUCUGAUGAAUCAUUUGUUUUUUAUCUAUUGAUUACAGAGCCAAUUCAGUUUAUAUCAUCAAGUACAAUCUUCUCACAGAGCGUAUGGAGGCUCAAAUUAGUGUAAGCGGCUUUUCAGCGCGAAAGAACCACUAUCGAUCGAGCGGCUACAGUGGAAUGGACUUAGCAGUUGACGAGCAAGGAUUGUGGGUUCUUUGGGGAGAUGAUGGAAACAGCUAUCGUUUGCACGCAUCAAAAAUAGAUGUGCGUAAAAACGCAGUCACCCGCACCUGGAGCUUGAGUACAGGUAAGUAUGCAACAUGAAGCUAUGUAAACGGAGACGAAACUGUAAAAUAAAAGAGAACGAGUUAAUGAGGUGAGGAUAUUUUACGUAGAUCUCAGUUAAGGGCGAUUAAAGAAUAAGCGACAGAAUCAAUAGACCUACUCCAAGCACAGGGUAGCAACUGAAUUAAGAACACUUACUUAAAAAAGGCCCUUAGUCUACUUGAGCAAAAAGACACAAAUAAAUGAAAUAAAUCCUGAAAUGACCAAUAAAUGAAGACAAAAAAGAAAUUAUCCUCACAGACGAGGAGCAAGUGAAGAAACUGUAGAUAGGGAAGCUCAAAGUAAUUCAAGCCUUGACAGAACUCGAACCAUUGCCUUCAUAGAUGGCUUUACAACCACCUGAGCUAUGGUAUCUUAUCACAAACAAAAGAAGUGUUUUUUCCACGAGUCAGGAAAUAAAGUAAAAUAUCAAGACAGUGCACAUCUUUGCCAAAUGAGUAUUUUUGAUUUAAUAUUUAAUUUUGACUCUUCUUUUCUCCGCGCAGAGAAGAUGUCCCAUAUGGGAAAUGCUUUUGUAGCUUGUGGAGUGAUUUACUGUAUUGACGAAUACAACAGCAAAACCACCACCAUAAACUUUGCUUAUGACACCAAGACAGGAAAACAGUGGAUUCCCAACAUACAGUUCACAAACCAGUAUGGUUUCAAUUCCAUGGUGGACUAUAACCCCAGGGAAAGAGUGCUGUACGCUUGGGACUACAGACGUCUUGUCACUUACCCUCUCACCUUUGAGGAACAGUAAAUUGGUGCAAAAUUUAAAGGGAAAACAAAACCAAGCGAUGGAUGUGAAACUUUUUGAUUGAUUUACUGCUUUGUAGAUGCACUUGCGAACGAAAUAAGCUAACAUUACAAUUGGCAUUUUUACAUAUUGAUUCAGUCUUACAGACACAAAACCUUAACUCAGCCGUUUUGUCUCCUGAUGGCUCGAGCGCAGAUUUUUUAACCGAGGUUAUUUUUCAAUUUGCUUCAAUCAUUUCAGCUGCGAUUGUAAGACUUUAAUCAAGGGUUUUGAAUUCUGAAAAAGUGCUCUUUGUAAUCAAAAGUUGUUAAAAAGGAAGAGUUGGAUUGACUAAACUUUCUGUCACUUUUGAUUCAACUUUAAAAUUGCUGUUAGUGCUUGAAAAAUAAAAUGUGGGAAAUAGAAUAAUAGACGUGAUUGUCUCAUUUAUUUGAAGUACAAAUUUCAAACUCGAUUUAAUUGUUUUCACCAGCAGAGGCGUUGG